AAAAUCCCCCCCUUAUUAUUAAACUGUCUUGUGAUAUGAUGUAUUUGAUUGAAAAAGGAAUUCUUUUACAAGUUACGUAACACACUCGUUUUUCGAGGUAAAGCCUCUCUCAUCAUCUUACUAUAGCUGUUAUUGUAUUAAUAUGUCAUCAAGAUAUUGUAAUAAAUUUUCAUAUCGUCACUGCCUCAUCUCGUAAUAAACUUUUUUCCACUUUUCUACUUUUUUCUAUUUUGAAAUACCUUUAGAAUAUAUUAUUAUUAUUACAUAAAAAAGGAAAGAAAAUAGAAUCUUUCCCUGACGAUUUAUUUAAAGGCAGUGUACAACUUAAAAUAUAAAUAAGAAAAUUAUACUUUUUUUUGAUAAAAAUAACAAAAGAAAAAAAUUAUAACCAUAUUUUAACGAAAAAAAAUGUCUGUUAAGUUAGAGCCUCCUAGUCAGUUAGCAUUUCAUCGUCCUUUCACACAACUCGUGAAAGAAGUUCUUGUAGUGCGUAAUCCUAAUCCAGAACCAGUAGCUUUUAAAGUUAAAACUACUGCUCCUAAACAAUAUUGUGUUAGACCAAACUCAGGUAGAAUUGAAGCAAACGGGAGUGUUGAUGUCCAAGUUAUUCUUCAACCAAUGAAAGAGGAUCCACCACCAGAUUUUAAAUGUAAAGAUAAAUUCUUGGUACAAAGUGUAGCAAUUACAGCUGAACGUGAAACUUUAUCUUUACAGGAACUGUGGAGUAUAACUGAAAAACAAACAAAAGAUUCAAUUAAGGAAACCAAGAUUCGAUGCGUAUAUUUACCACCAGUUGAAUCAAAUUUAUCUCCUACAUCACCAUCUCCAACUUCACCUCUUCCAUUUAAACCAUCUAGUCCUACUUCACCAACUUCACCAACCUCACCAACCUCAAAAAAAGAUACUUCCAAUGGAGCAACAUCAGAAGUUCCAAAAGAUGAUGAAAAGAGGAAUCAAUCACCACCCCCUUAUAAAAUACAUGAUGAACGUAAAGCUGAAAAAGCUAAUGGAUCCACUGACAGAUCUGUUCCUCCAACUGCUACGAAUGGACAUUCUAACCGGUUUUCUAAUAUGGCUGGAUCAUUCCCUAAAGAAGAUUAUACCAAAGCUGUAAAUGAUGAAACUGAUCCUGCCAAACUUCGACGACAAUUGCUUGAAGCUCAGGAAGAAAUUAUACGUCUGAAUCACACAAUUGAAAAUUAUAAACAAGAAUUAAAUGCGGCGCAAAUGAGACAACGCAAGAGUGAGGAGGCAGCAGUAUCAGCAAAUAGAAAUAGUACAAUUGGUGGAUUUUCCGUCAAGACCCAGGAAAAAAUUCCCGAAGGGUACUAUCCAUUUGAAGUAGUUAUUGCAGCAGCUGUUGGAGCAUUCUUGUUUGGAGUGAUGUUUUUCUAAAAUUGGUUGUCCCAAGAUAGAUUUACUUCUUUAAAAUUAAAAAUAUAAAGUGCAUUAAUUUUUUAUCAUUACUUAGGUAAUGAUGGGAAAUGUCUUAUUAUAGGAACGUUAUUCUUGACACAAAUUAUUAUUUACUUAUGCUUAAUCCCGUUUUUUAUCCUUAUAUUUUUAUAUAAUUUUUUUUUUACG